AAGGAUUGCCAGUUUGAAUUCCGGGUCCUGCAGAGAAGUUGGUGCGUUGGCAGCCCCAGGAGGUUCCAAAACUCUGUCGGAAGGAGAGAGCUCCAACCCAGGUUCAGACAGUGAGCCCAGUUCCACAGCAUCAGGAAACCAUAAACAACACAGACGGAGGAACUCAAGACAGAAACAUCAUCACUGCAUGGACUGCUUCACUAGUUUUUAUGAUCCAGAGGAGUUGAGAAGACACACUUGUAGGCCCCACCCCUGCUCAGAUUGCAGAGGCAGUGUUAUUUGUCCAACUCACCUCAAAUCAAAACAGACUCAGAAAACGAAGGCGACAUACCCGUGUGGUCAAUGUGGAAUGAGAUGUGAAACACCAAGCAAACUAAAGACGCACCAGAGAACUCACACAGGAGAGAAGCCAUACCACUGCACUGUUUGUGGAAAGGGUUGCAGUCAUUCGGACCAUCUAAAGACGCACCAGAGAACUCACACAGGAGAGAAGCCUUACCACUGCUCCCAAUGUGGAAAGAGUUUCAGUCAGUUAACAACUUUGAGAAACCACCACCUAACUCACACAGGACAGAAGUCUUACCUCUGCUCUCAUUGUGGGAAGAGUUUCAGUCAGUUAGCCAACCGAAAUACACACCAGUUAAUUCACACAGGAGAGAAGCCAUACAACUGCUCUCAGUGUGGGAAGGAUUUCAGAUCUCCAAGAGAAUUAAAGUCACACACGAGAACGCACACAGGAGAGAAGCCUUUCCACUGCUCCCAAUGUGGAAAGAGUUUCAGUCAGUUAUCAAGUCUGAAAAGACACCAACUAACUCACACAGGAGAGAAGCCUUACCUUUGUUCUCAAUGUGGGAAGAGUUUCACCACGUUAUCUGAACUGAAGCCACACCAGAUAACUCACACAGGAGAGAAGCCGUACCUCUGCUCUCAAUGUGGGGAUAGUUUCACCAGUUUAUAUUUCCUAAAGAAACACCACCUAACUCACACUGGAGAAAAGCCUUACCUCUGCUCUCAUUGUGGGAAGAGUUUCAGUCAGUUAGCCAACCUAAAUACACACCAGUUAAUUCACACAGGAGAGAAGCCUUACCACUGCUCUCAAUGUGGGGAUAGUUUCACCAGUUUAUAUUUCCUAAAGAAACACCAGCUGAUUCACACGGGUGGAAAGCUGUUCCAAUGCUCCCAGUGUGGUAAAAGUUUCAGUCAUUCAUCAACUCUGAAGAAACAUCAGAUAACUCACACAGGGGAGAAACCUUGCCACUGUUCUCAGUGUGGAAAGAGUUUCAGUCUGGUAGGAAACCUAAAGAGACACCAACUAACCCACACCGUAGAGAAGCCUUAGCAAUGCUCUCAUUGUGGGAAGUGUGUCAGUCAUUUACACCACCUAACAUCCAGUUAAUUCACACAGGAGAGAAACAAUACCGCUGCUCUGUGCAUUUCAGUCAAUCAGCAAAUUUGAAGAAGCAUCAGGGAAUUCAUACAGGAGAAAAGCUGUGUCGUUAGAUCUGAAGACACCCGUUUGUUCACAUAGGGGAGAAGCCUUAACUCUUCUAUCAAUGUGGGGAUAGUUUCACCAGUUUAUUUCCAAAAUAACACCAGCUAAUUAUGACUAAUAAUAACUUACCUGGUUAGAUAAAGGGGGUAAAAAAUGACAUACAAAGGAUUGUGGCAGCUGCUCCCUGUGUGGAAAGCUUCAGUCAGUGAACAAAUUUGAAGACCCACCAUUUCACUGGCACGGUGUGAGGAAAAGAUUCAGUCCCCUAGGAGACCUAAAGAAACACCAGCUAACUCACCCUGGAGAGAUUCCUUACCAUGUUCUUAAAAUAAAGCUGGUAUGAUAAGGCUUUAUUGUGAACAUAUCCCUAUUUCAGGAAUCACCAAAAAGGCAGCACGGUAGAGAAAACUGAGUGAAGUUGACAUUGUGGAAUCCAUAGCUAAUAUCUGUCCAUAGAGAAUCCUGAGUAAUCACAGACAUCAUAUAUUCUAGUUGGAUUUCUAUAUCGCUUUAAAAAAAAAAUAUAUAUAUAUAUAUAAUUUAGUCACGGAAAAUGUAUACAACAAAAACUUCUAAAUGGCAGAAAAUAAAUACAACUAUUGUAAGUAUCCUGUCUCUUUAUUAUGGAGGGUUGAAGAGUCAUUAUAUCUGGUGCUUUACAGGGAGGCUAUACUGUAAGUAAAGCAAUGGCGGUCGGUGCCGUUUUAAGAUGAGAAGGAAUAUAUAUUUUAAAUGUAUGAGCCUUAUUUCUAUUACAGCAGACUGGAUGACUGUCAUUCAUAUUCCAUUCAUCCAGAUCAAUGGAACAUCGAUAGGUUUAGGCUACUACAUGAUACUAAUUUCCCCUCUACCCAUCAUGAGGAUGCUACAACCUGGCCUAUGAAUUAAAGUUUAAAACAUAGGUGCAGAGGUCGAGAUAAUUUAGAGUAAUCAAGGUGACAGACGUGUUCAAUACUGCCUUGCACACUUGCCUGCAUCUAGCUGAUCUAGGGUUUAAUCAUUAGUCAUUAGUCCAACAGUUGCACAUUAGAGUUUCUGUUGGACAAAGGUAAGUUUAUCCCUGUUUCAUUCCGUUUGCUUCCAUUUAAGAAAAGUUCCUCACAAAGACACGGGGUUGGAACCAGAAGUCUUCAAUUUGGGCUCAUCAGACCAAAGGACAGAUUUCCACCGGUCUAAUGUCCAUUGCUCGUCUUUCUUGGCCUACGCAAGGCUCUUCUUCUUAUUGGAGUCCUUUAGUAGUGGUUUCUUUGCAGCAAUUAGACCACGAAGGCCUGAUUUACACAGUCUCCUCUGAACAGUUGAUGUUAUGUGUCUAUUACUUGAACUCUGUGAAGCAUUUAUUUGGGCUGCAAUCUGAGGUGCAGUUAACUGUAAUGAACUGAUCCUCUGUAACAGAGGUAAGUCUGGGUCUUUCCUUCCUGUGGUGGUCCUCAUGAGAGCCAGUUUCAUCAUAGCACUUGAUGGUUUUUGCGACUGCACUUGAAGAAACUUUCAAAGUUCUUGAAAAUGUCCAGAUUGACUGACCAUGUCAUUUGAGCUGUUCUUGUCGUAAUAUGGACUUGGGUCUUUUACCAAAUAGGGCUCUUCUGUAUACCACCGCCUACCUUGUCACAACACAACUGAUUGGCUCAAACGCGUUAAGAAGGAAAGAAAUUCCACAGAUUAAUUAAGAAGGCACAGCUGUUAAUUGAAUUCAUUCCAGGUGACUACCUCAUGAAGCUCGUUGAGAGAAUGCCAAGAGUUGUGCAAAGCUGUCAUCAAGGCAAAGGGUGGCUACUUUGAAGAAUCUCAAAUAAAAUUUAUUUUGAUUUAUUAAUCCUUUUUUUGUUUACACACAUUGUACAGAAUCAUGUAGUAUUUCAUAGUUUUGAUGUCUUCACUAUUAUUCUACAAUGUAGAAAAUCGUCAAAAUAAAAGAAAAACCCUUGAAUAGUAGGUUUGUCCAAAC